AUGAAAACGAACGUGUGGGUCCUUUUUGUGCUUCUUGUAUUCCUCACCACUUUUCCUAUAUUCUUUCUUUAUCGUCAACUAGGAUCAGGAAUAGUCUCUCAAGAAGAUCUCCUUUACCAGAACGAUUACAAUACACUCCCAAAUGGAAAUAACGAUCCCUUUGAUUGUAUGCAAUUCCCGGAUGAUAUGCAAUCUUAUCCGAAUUGUCAAGAAAAGUUGCAGUGGUUGAGAAAUGGGUGGAAGACACAUCAAUGUUAUGCUGAUUAUGGUGUUAACGGGUCGAUUUGCUCUAUGCGACGCUAUCUUUCUGAAGUUGAAAAUCACUGCCCUCCGCUUUUCUUCGACGAAGUAGAAUCUAGUUCCAGAACAGUUGAUUUUGCAAAGGGAUGCGAUAUCAAAACAAGAGUUAAAAAUCAUGCAACUAAAGUACGACUUCAAGCCAGGGCCAAUGAUGCUCCCAACACCGAUCUGAAAAAACUUUUUCUGAGGCUCGCCGGAAAUGCUGAAAAUUAUGAUUACAUCAAAAAUCGUCUCACACAAUACUGGUCAAGCUGGAUAGAUACUGAUCCAUCUUGGGGCUACUCUCAGAGACUAGUUUACACAUCGGUGAAAAAUCUCGCAGUGGAGGACCAUUGGGAGAAUUAUUGCAGUGGUCGGAUCUUAUCGCGUUGUUUGUUUCUGUUGGGGCACAACCUGUACAUAUCGAAUGAUAAGCCUUCCCUUAUUCGGCAUGUGGAUAAAUUUCCAUUUGACGGACCUUGCCCUAGUAAACAAAAACGUGUGGAUCUUAUCAUCACUGAUAUUAUUGGCUUGAGAUCGUUCCGGUCGCGAAGAGAAUUCCUUUUGCGGAACAAGUGUUUGAUACGUCUAGUCGACAGCUUCGGAACGCAUGUGGAGUUUAACUAUAGAUCUUACUUCAAAGCACACCAAGCUGAUUUCGCACAAAACGGAGGCGCUUCCUCUAAUCCUUGGGGAGGACAUGGACUAAAACUCCUACAGCACUGGACCUUCUUCCCGCAUACACCCGAUAACGAUUUUCUUGGAUUUGCCAUUCAUCAUAUUGAUGUAGAGCCACUUUACAAUCGAAAUGCCCUCGAUCGCCCAAUAUCGCUGGUGUAUGGGAAGGAGAAGUAUAUGUGGACGGAAUCGGAGCCCGUUAUAGAAGUUCUGAAGUCUUUAACGGAGGUGCACGCUACUGUUUCUGAUUUAAAGAAUGCCAAUGAAUCGGUGUUCUCUGGCAUCGUCAAUCAUGGUUUCCUAAACAUAACAGAGGUGGCAGCUCUCCUGAAAUCGGCCAGUGUCUUUGUAGGCCUUGGAUUCCCAUUUGAAGGUCCGGCUCCAUUGGAGGCUAUAUCGCAUGGUGCAGUGUUCAUCAAUCCAAAGUUUAAACCUGCUAAAACCCGGUUGAAUACGGCGUUCUUUCGGGACAAACCAACAUUGCGUGAGUUCACCAGCCAGUCUCCUUAUAUGGAACGCAUUGGGGUACCGUAUGUGUACACUGUUGACUUCAACAACACUGACGAAUUGGAAGAUGCCAUAAAGCGGGCAUUAAGUGAGCAGCCGAAAUUAGGCGCUCAAGGCGAGUCAUGUGAAAUGGCAUGCGAUUCUGCGGACUUGGUGUGUGAGCCAUCUUUUUUUCCUCACGUGAAUUCACCGAAAUUCAUGUCUAGCUGUGCAAGUCGACCACCGACAGGUACAAAAGCUACACCGUAUGAUCGACCUAGCCGACCAAUGACCAACACAUUACAUCUUCUGGCCAGCAGCUCGACCACAACAGCGCUUGAUGCGGCUCGUAAUUUGCUGGGUAAGUCAUUUUCCACAGGAAUUUAUCAGAUUUCUGAUGAUUGCUUGGUUUUAGUGCACGGUGCAAAUCCCUGUGCAAGGUCGGAUGACGGGUUGACGCCGCUACAUGUGGCUUGCGCUUACGACUGCUUAGCAAUGGCACAACUGUUGAUGCACUAUGGAGCUGAUCCACUGGCAGAAGAUCUGCACGGUCGCACUCCUCAGAACCUGGCUACGGGGAACACACAGAGGUUUCUUCAGCGAAUGCUUGCCAAAAGCACUAGAGAGCAGAGAGGAAUUAUAAGGCGGCUAUUUGCAUGUCAUGCUGGGAUGGGAACAGCAACCAAUACCAAUUUCAUGAGGAGCAUUCGAAGAAAAGUGCGGAGGUCGUUCAAUUUGGGCCGCAGGAGGCCAAGCUUGGUAGCACCUCCAGUGACUGAAGCCCCAACAAGUGCUUUUACAACCAAUGUUCCAGUUAUUACCACACAUAUCAGUGGUCAGGCUCCUUGCGGAGGUACACUUUCUUCCGGUCGCUCCACUGUUCCAGGCUAUCCCGCUAUCGACAAAAUGCCGCGCCCAACACCGUCUAAUCUACCGUAUCCAGCUGGUAAGUCUGACUUCCAAAACAUUUUAGUUCAGGUGUUUUGCUCUGAUUUCAUCAAAGCAAAGCUUGAGCGUACUGCUUUGCCGAAAUCAUUCCGAGGUGCUACAGUCAAUGGUCCACGCACACCUGCCCUUUCAAAUGAUGUCACUGUGGCUGUUCCUUCAAGUCCAAGGAGAUCAAGUAGUGAUCCUGAGAUAAAGUACGAACGAGACUGGCACCCCCGCUUCCCCCAAACGACUAAAGCGUAUACACCGCACCAUCUACCGUCUGGGGGACAGCCUGCGGCAUGGAGGCCUGGACAGAGUCCGUCGACGACUGCGAUGGACCAACAGCGCGUCUUCAGAAAUACACCAGUGACUGUUAGGACACGGCCUGAACCAUCAGCACCGCCGAUUGAAGAGAUGCCUGCUGACGAUCUUUCCAAGUGGUUAAGCGAAAAGGACAGCAGUCAAGAAAGUCAGAGCGCCUACCUCACGGCCGAUGAGAGCUUUGAUAUGACGGAGUUGCAGAAGAGAGUACAGCAGAUGAAAAUCGGCGAAGCGGUGUUGUCGCCUAAUGUUGAUGACGGUCAGCUGCGAAAGGUACGUCGUCUCACUGAUGCGCAGUUGAAAGCUGAGCUGAGAAAAGUUGGCAUCGUUGCUGGACCUAUGUGUGCCAGGACUCGUGGAAUGUAUGAGAAGAAGCUGGUUGCAAUGCGUCGUGGUGCGGCCAACGUAAAGGGAGUGCGAUACUCGCGUCAGCUGGAAAUGGCGAUGUUGGAUAUAUCUACAGCGGACAGAGGGAAGCCAUUGGAUGAUCAGGUCCGAGAAGAAUUCCAACUAGCUGGUGUGAGCGCGUUUUGCUAUCUGCUGUUAGAUCCUAGGAAGAUUUGCGUUGACGUCGAGUCGUUAGAUCUGAAAAGUUUCGUGCCGUCGAUUUUCUACGUUGGAAAGGGUUCAAAGGCGCGGCCCUUGGCCCAUUUGAUUGAAGCGAAGAAGGAGAAGGAAGCGAAGUCUCCAAAAAUGGUCUCGAACGCAAAGCUCCAACGCAUUGGUUCAAUCUGGGAAAACGGAAACGGUGUGAUUUGUUUACAGAUCAGUCACAGUGUUUCCGAUGAAGAGGCUUUUGUUCGUGAGGCUGCUCUUAUUGAAGCCAUCAAGCUGGAGAAUUUGACUAAUGUGAAGGGCGGUGAGUGGCGGGGUAAGAGCAAGUCAUGGUCGCCAUCUAUGAAAGCGGAAUUCGGUACGUAUCAAUUACUGCGAGCGAUGGGUGUGCUCAAAAUGGAAGGUAUCCGUCCGAUAUUCCCUCAAGCGCUUCCCGAGUCGUUGUAUCCUUUUGCACAGAAGAAGAAUGUUGCAUUAGACAAAUUCGAAGAGGAUGCACGAGUUGGUGAUACUCUCAUAGUGAAAGUGAAGCGAUGUGAUAUUGUGGGUGCAUAUGUGAAGCCCUUAUGCUUCGCCACACGCAUAAAACGUGAUUUGGAAUGGCUUGAUUUACAGUUGCUAACACCUUUAUCAGCACUUUCACGGCGUGUAGCUGUGGGACAGUACCUAGAGGCUCGAAUAUCGAGUGUUAAUCCAGUAAAGGUGGAACUUCUUGAAGACCGUGCAGAACCUGCGGCGGCCAUACGUAAAAGGCAGAAUGAGAUGCUUGCCGACGAGUAUGUGGUACGAGGCGUGGAGCACAUGCGGUCUGGCAAUCGUGAAGCGGCCAUCGUCGUGCUCAAUCAAGCGCUAGAAAUAAAUCCGCAUUGUGUCGAAGCGCUAGUGGCCAGAGGCGCAGCAUAUUCGACAAAUGGACACUACGUGCUGGCUGAGGCCGACUUUGAUCUGGCGCUCUCGCUGAUGCCAACCCACUCGAAUGCUCGUAAUUACAUGGUGGAGACACUUGUGAAAUAUGCAUCGCUGUUGGAAGUACAAGGUGAUUUGGAAAACGCGAAAAGCAAAUUCGAGAAAGUUUUGCGGCUAAAGGAAGACAGACGAGCGAGAACAGCGCUAGCGAAGCUGGAUAGGAAGAAGAGAAGUCCCUCUGUGGAAAUAUUGGAGAAUGAUAAUGACAAGCCUGAGUCGAAAAACGCAAAGCGCAGCGAUGUCGAAGAGGAAAAGCGUAAACGUCGAAGCACUCAAGAAGCUGAGCGAGAACGAAAGCGGGAACAAAUGCCAGUAUCAAUAUGUGAUGCGGAGGAUUCACACGACGAAAACUGUGGCUCGCCAUGCAGCGCAUUAUCGGAUGUGGAGAAACGUCGGAUCAAUAGGCAGUUGUUUUUGGCAUUUCCUCCGGAAGAAGCACGCCAUUCCGGCCAGCGAAUGUUCGUCUUUAUUCGAGGAUACGACGAGCUAGUGAGAGAAGACAUUGAGGAAAGCUUUCCUACUGGAUUUUACGUUCACCAUUCCCCCAUAGCGAUCGCCAUGCUUUCGGCUAUCGAGAAUCAUGACCAAUUGAUGUGUUCUUCCAUGACGAUAAAUGUAGUGUGGUUGAAUUUGACCAUGAAGGAUGCUCGACGCAGCUCUCUGAAUCCUCCGAAAGUGUGUAUCGAUGGAUGCGUGUGGUGCCGUUCAUUGUGCAUGGUAAAGUAUGAAGUGAUUCGUGGAACUCGUACUGAUGGCUUGAUGAUGUGUUCUUCCAUGACGAUAAAUGUAGUGUGGUUGAAUUUGACCAUGAAGGAUGCUCGACGCAGCUCUCUGAAUCCUCCGAAGUUAUGGAUUGGUUAUGUGAGUGAUGUCUAA